AUGACGGACGUUCGGCUGGAGACUGGGUUGCCCUCUUCGGAUUUACACACAUGCGCGUCCAACCAUGAUCGCAUCUUGCUGUCCAUCCCAACUAGCCGAUAUCGCGCUACUGCUAGUCUGAUUAAAAGAGUCGAGGCGGGCGUUAAAUCUAUGACGUUUGGGGACUAUCUUGACAGCUCAAAAGACCAACUCGGAGACCAGGGACAAAAGCGAGGAACAGAACCAAGGAGCAAAAAACGCCGUGGGGUUGGGUGGCAGGGGUGA